AUGCCGACCCUAGGCUUCCUAAAGAAGAAGAAGAAAGAGAAAGAUUCGGUGCAUGCGAGAAAGGAUAGCUUCCAAUCCGCUGACAUACGCAAUCAUCCCUCGGAGCCGCCAACUCCCACCACCUCCACCUCCGCCACCACAACCUCGCAUUCGUUCCAGCCGUCAACAAACUCACACUCUUCGCUGCCCACAGCUCCUCCGUCAUCGUCGUCGACCCAUUCUAUCCCCGUUUCCGCCCCCGCCAUUCCCGAGCAGCCAAUGGCAUUGGUCUCCGACCGACCAAUGAUACCUGAACAGCAACAACCCCAGCAACCCUACCCGGCGUCGUCGUCUUCCCCGCAACCGCACCAUCAACCCCACCAGAGCAACAUCAACAGCAUCAUAAACCCGCCCGGGGCAAACGAAUAUGAUCGACCUUAUCAGAACAGCCCCGCGCACCAGAGUAAUACCUCGCAGAACGAUGACCAGAGGCAGCAGCAACAGCAGCAACAGCAGCAGCAAACACAGCAAUCGCGAUCUACAAAGGGCAAAUACUCGCUAGGUGACUUUAUGCUGCAGCGGACCUUGGGUACUGGAAGCUUCGGCCGUGUCCAUUUGGUUCAAUCGAGACACAAUUUGCGCUUCUAUGCUAUCAAGGUUUUGAAGAAAGCCCAGGUGGUCAAGAUGAAACAGGUUGAACACACCAACGAUGAGAGGAAGAUGUUGCAGAAAGUGAAACAUCCCUUCCUGAUCACCCUCUGGGGGACAUUUCAGGACAACAGGAAUUUGUACAUGGUGAUGGAUUUUAUCGAGGGAGGCGAGCUAUUCAGUCUACUGCGGAAAUCCCAGCGCUUCCCGAAUCCCGUUGCGAAGUUCUACGCUGCCGAGGUGGCGCUAGCCCUCGAGUACCUCCACUCCCAUAGCAUCAUCUACCGGGAUCUGAAGCCCGAGAACCUGCUUCUAGAUCGUCACGGUCAUCUCAAGAUUACAGACUUCGGCUUCGCGAAGGAGGUUCCCGACAUCACCUGGACGCUUUGCGGUACUCCGGAUUACCUUGCACCCGAGGUCGUCGCUUCCAAAGGGUACAAUAAAUCGGUAGAUUGGUGGUCGCUUGGUAUAUUAAUCUUCGAGAUGCUGUGCGGCUACACACCUUUCUGGGACGGAGGCAGUCCGAUGAAGAUAUACGAGAAUAUCCUCAAGGGACGAGUAAAAUAUCCGGCGUUUAUCCAUCCGGAUGCUCAAGAUCUGCUACAGCAGCUUAUCACGCCCGACUUGACAAAGCGAUUAGGGAAUCUGUUGCGCGGCAGUGACGACAUCAAGAACCACCAAUGGUUCGCUGAGGUGAACUGGGACCGAUUGGCCCGAAAGGAUAUCGAGGCACCCUACGUACCGCCCGUACGAGGAGGUGUCGGUGAUGCCAGCCAGUUUGAUCGCUACCCGGAGGAUUCGGACGACUACACCAAAAACGACGGCAUCGAUCAAUACGGACACCUAUUCGCCGAAUUCUGA